AUGGUGAGUAUCAGCCUUGAAGAGCUCCAUCUUUACCACAAAAUAGACCGUGAAAUCUUCUCCCGACUUGUCAUUCACUUCAUGAGAGACCCUGCAGAAUCUUUGCUUGUCAUGGCUCUCUGGCUAUGGCUUGAAGAAAAGGGUUACCCUAACAUUAUCAUGAGAAUGAUUGGGUUGCCGGAUCCGAUAGUGAACGCGUUGGCCGACGAAGCUGUUCGAUGUUUGAAGUGCUUGGAAUCCACCAACUUUCGAAUAUUACAAAACGGUGGUGGUCUUCCAUUAACGGCAAGAAUUCUUCAAACUCAAAUCUCACUGCACAUUUUCAAUCAGCAUAGAUUUACAGCCAUCAGUGGGAUAAAGAUCUUCCUCAACAACGUUUGCGCUAGGGUUUUUGCCGAUAUCUUAGAAGCCGUUUUGGCUGGUUCAUCUUCCCAAACGGGUACAAACCAGCCUAUUGUGGUUCCAGGGUUUCCACACCCUAUGUUUGGUGCAGUCAAUGUGAUGACUCAGCCAAUGGAUUAUGAUUUUCCAACGGAGGAGCUAUGGGGUUGGCGUGCCAUCGGGGAGGUUUCUGAGGAUGAUCGGACCAUGUUCUUGACGUUUUCGAGGGGGUUUCCGGUGUCGGAAGCCGAAGUGAGGGAGCUGUUUACAGGGAUGUUUGGGAAUUGUGUGGAGAGCGUGUAUAUGGGAAAUGGGACGUCUAAUAAUGACCAACCUUUAUAUGCCAGAAUGGUUUUGAAUUCUGUCGUAACGGUUGAUCGGAUUUUGGAUGGAAUGCACAUUUCCAAGUUUAGAAUCAAUGGAAAGCAUAUUUGGGCUCGGAAGUACGAACGCCGAGAAUAGAUUUCCGAUCACUACAGAAAGGAGUUCGUAAAUUAAUUCCAUAAUUUCUUAGAUAUAUAUAGAUGAGAUGCCUCUCU